AUGAGCAACGCUGAGCACGCCCGCCGAUCCACCCCUGUCAUGCUCCGAGAUGGCAGCGUUGAAAAGGGUGGUGAUGGUCUCGCCCCUGCUUUCAACAGCAAGAGCGAACGAGCUCCGAAACUAGGAGAGCUGAAGAAGAGAGAGGCCGAAAAAGGUGAAAUCUUCAUGUCGACUGAUGUCGACGAAGACAACAGCUUCACCUUUGGCAACGCUAGUCCGGUCGAAAGAAAAUUUACACCGGCCAAUAAACGCGCCCCGCGUCUCGGUGAUCUCCCGAAGACGCCGUCGAUCGCGAAGGGUGACAAGCUUGUUCUCAUGUCGAUCGAGAUUGACGAAGAACAAAGCUUCGAUUUUGGCGAAGAAAGCUCCAUCGAAGGCGAAGCGAACAACGCGACCGCCGUUCAAGCUGGUGACGUUUCGCUCUGA